AUGACAUCCGCCUCGAAAGGGGAAGGUGUCUACAUCGAUCCUGUCGAGGGCCACGGCCACACCCACACCGUCAUCAUCCUCCACGGCAGAGGCAGCAACGGCGAAGAGUUCGCAGAUGAGUUCCUUGAAUGCGAAGUCUCCGAAGACCUGGCACGCAUCUUGGCCAUCUUGGCCCACCCAGACGAUGGCCCUGAACAACCAAACAACCCCCUGGACGAUACCCCAGCGCGACCACCACCCCCUCGAACCCUCCGAGCCCUGUUCCCAACUUUCAAAUGGUCUACAGAGAACCCGAACGUGUAUCCGGAAUUGCAGGAACCAGGUCUGUGCAAGAGCAUCGACUACAUCAACGAAUGUAUCAACGAGGAAGCCGACUAUGUUUCAUUUGACAACAUCUUCUUGGGCGGUAUCAGCCAAGGAUUCGCAGCAGUUGUCGCGACCCACCUGCACAGGUGUGGAAGCUUUGCCGGUCUCUUUGGCUACGCUAGCUGGGCGUACCCCGGGCUGGCACCUUUCGAAGUCCCAGCAGGUCUUAGUGGCGGCAAUGGCAAUUGGAAGAUAAAGUGUCGUGAUGCGGACUACCAGAUGGCACACACGCCCAUCUUCCUUGCUCACGCCCUCAACGACGAAGUGGUUCCGGUGAAGAACGGAAGGGCCCUCUAUAGGGCCUUGCGCAAUAUAGGCAUGACGGAAGUCGAGUGGCACGAGUAUCAAUAUGGCGGCAACUGGUUCACCGAGCCCGAAGGCAUAGAUCAUCUCGUUUCCUUCCUCAUGCGCAAUAUGGGCUCCGAGGAAGAUGACUAUGAGGAAGAUGACUCUACGGAAGAUGACUCUACGGAAGUUGAAGAGGAGUCUGGUAAGGGAAAUGGUGCUGUAUAA